AUGUCCAGCCAGGCUGCGGCCGCUUCGGCACCCUCUGUCUUCACCGUGCCUCCAACCCCUGGCAAGAACGCAGCCUGGUUGGACCCAAGUCCUGUGUCUUUCUCAUAUCCCUUUGCCACUCUGCAGGGCUAUUUCCCGGGGAUGCCUCUGACCAUGAAAUGCAUGAGCACAUUUAAAGAUUUGACUGGGGCCUGGCCUGCUAUCCGCAUUGGCGGCACAUCGGAGGACUACGGAACGUUUGACCCAAACUUGACCGUCCCCAAUGUGGCCACCGGGGUAGCGCCAACUGGUCAAGCCAUCACAACGUAUGGCCCUCUUCUCAUGCGCCUCAUCGCAGAGUACAAGGGGACCAUUGUCUGGGGCCUCAACCGCGGUAUGAACAACAUCAGCAACACGAUCGAAGCCGCAAAAGCAGCCGUGCGCGAGAUUCCAUCGCUGUACGCCCUUGAACUAGGAAAUGAGCCUGCAAUUUUUGCCGGUCUAGGAUUCCCCGUGGCCUCUACCGUGGAUGAGUGGACUCCAGAAACAGAAGCCGAAUCCAACUCUAACUGGCAGAUGGCCAUCGGCAAGGCACUUAAAAAGAAGAACAUGUUCCAGGCUGCGAGCUACUACUCCCCCCCGAAUCUGGGCUGGGGAGCCGAGAGCUACUUUGAGUACGCAAACGCCUCAACGAGUCCCCACACCAAGGUCUUUUCCCACCACAACUAUCCCCAGUCGGCUGUGUCCAAGAACCAGGACCCACCGGACGUAAGAGGACUGAUGAGCCAUGUCAAUGUCACUGCAAAUGUGGGCCUUUACAAGAACGACGUCAAGGUUGCAGCCGCUCAUGGGUUUGACUAUGUGUUUGGCGAGACAAAUUCGGUCUCGGGCAACGGCCAGCCAGGACAGGGAGCCACGAUGGGAACCGGGCUAUGGGUCCUAGACUACGCGCUCCAAGCCGCAAGCGUCGGCAUUAAGCGCUCCUAUUUCCACCAAGGCACCCCCGGAAAGUCCUAUUACGUUUGGUUUAAUGAGACUGGCGUGCGGUCGCCCUUCUAUGGCGGCUACGUUGCUGCUCAAGCCAUGGCUGGCGGCGCUCAGAUAGUCUCCCUAGACGACGGCAUCACCAAGUACGCCGGCUAUUCGGUCCACUCAUCGUCUGGCAAGGCGCUCAAGGUCGUUCUGAUCAACACCGACUUCUACGACGGCGUCGGUACCCGGCCUGUUCAGCAGUUCCACGUCAAUGGUCUCAGGGGGUCGCAGGUUCAGGCGAGGCGUCUCACGGCCAAAUCCACGCUCUCCAGGCAGGAUGAGGGAGAUGCCCCGGUAUUUGCGGGACGGUCGAUUGCCGAUAGUACCUGUAAGUUUGCUGGCAGCGAGAAGUUGGAGACAUUCAAGGUCACUGGUGGCGGCGCGGUUUUCAACUUGGCUGCGUCCGAGGCUCUCCUCAUUACCUUAGCCUAG